GUUUUCUAUUUACAUUUCCCCCCCUAUUUUUUCGAAUCACGCAACAGGACGUCACCACUGGACUUUAAAUCGACUUUUGGAAUUUUCCUUCUAUAACUUUUUCUCACGUGUGUAUUUCUACUUUACCCGCGUGACCCGCGUGCGUACCGCUAUCUUAGAUGCAGAUCUGUGUACUGGAGAGUUAACUUUACGCUCGAGGCGCGCGCAUGGCGGCACUACGCUGGAAUGUGUCUUGCAGAUGGCUCUCGUUUGUUUUCACAGCAGCGUGCAUCGAUUAGUGGAGAAACAGCCUCUCUCACUCCCAUCGACCUCCUUCUCUCGAGCUCCUUCACUCAUUACGCAAACACCCGUCGCCCGAAUCAAUGAGUUGUAAUUACAUCACUUUUUUGAUCAUCUUGUAGGGAUUGAUCUCAAGUUCAACAUCGUGAAAUCAGCUCGAGAAUCGAUUUAGUUUCACGACUGCAGUUUGACUUCAAAACUCAACAUUGACCAUUUUAGACCCCAUCGGGAAAGAAUUAGAGUUCCUUCCUUCCUUCUGCGUUUGGGUGUAAGAGGAGACUUUCACAUUGAGGUAAACACUGCGGUUGGUGCAGAAGUGAUGAAAUAGCGCCCUCUGGCGGCCUGAUGAGUAUUACUAUUAGAAUAUCUACAAAAUGCUGCUCUUCCUGCUCGGAGUGCUUGUUUUGCACUUAAUCAUUCUCGUUCUUCUCAUCGUGUCGACGGCAGCCAGUGCCUGGUCUGUAGGUGGGGGUGGUACCACAGAUCUAUGGUACAGUUGCAUGACAACUAAUGGAGGCUACCACUGCAAGCCAGCCAGCAAUGAAGACUGGAUCCAGGCAGUGCAGGCCCUCAUGAUCCUGUCCCUGCUCUUCUGCUUCUUCUCCCUCAUUGCAUUCGUGUUUCAGCUGUUCAAACUGGUCAAGGGCGGACGCUUCUUCUUCACCGCCAUCUUCCAGAUCUUGGCAAGUGUGUUUGUGAUGUGCGCGGCCAUCAUCUACACCGUGAUGAGUCCGGACGAUGGAACCGGCGUUCAAUUCGGCUACGCUUAUGUGCUGGCCUGGGUGGCUUUCCCUCUGUGUCUCAUCAGCGGGCUCAUUUAUAUCGUCCUGAGGAAGAAAGAAUGAGAGAGAGAAGAGGAGAGGAGAAAAGAGGAGGGGGAGUAAGUUGACCCCUUACAACAACAUCGCACUGUGCCUCCUGCCCACAGACCAUAGACUGACAUCCCAACAAUACAAUACAAGUGUCACCAAUAAUUUUCAACACUUAAUGGAGACAUUCAUCACUGCAGGGGAACAUUAAGAUGCAUUUCAGUUUCCACUAAGUCCCCAUCACAUUCUGAAAUAUAUCACACCUGUUUGCUUUGUCGAUUUUAACAGUGUUAAUACGCGUCAACCUGCAGUGACAGAUUGUCUUCAAAAUGUGUUUCUAAAUGUGUUGGCGACAGAUUGAUUUCUUGUUGCAUGCUGGCACCCGACUUCCACAAAUCCAUCAUGUGUGAUAACAAAGACGAGUAAUCUCUGCCUUGCUUCAGUACAAAGAUGUACAUAGUGUCUGUGGUUUUUAGACAUAUUUAUAACAUUUUUACAUACAUUUUGUACAUAUUGUUGUCAAGAUAACAUUGUCAUGCUCAUUUACGUGAAAGACUGUUUUUGUCUCUCACAAACCAUGCAGCUGUGCCAAAGAGAUGUCCCUCAAUCUACCAGAGUAUCAAGCUUUUUAUUGUAUUCUCUCUUUUUUCUGAGUGUCCUAUGCUUUGAAUCACGUGCCUUACUCUGAAUAUCUGUGGAAAUGAGAAACUCCGCAGACAUUUUAAAAAGUAACAAUAAGAAGUCUUAAUAAACUCAUGACGUUUUUAUUAUCAUUGUACUUAAUAUGCCAAUAAUUUUUUUUUGCAUUUUGUAAUCUAGUUUUGAAAAAUGGUGCUUUAAUCUACUAUUCUUGAAAUGUAUAGCCUACUUUGUGUUGCAAGUGUGUCGUGCCCUGUGAUUAAUUUGCUUUGUACAAACCCCAGUUUGCAUUUUUGUCAGUAUUCUUUUAAAUAAAACCUUUGAAAUUAAUAACUAUUUUACUGUUGUACGGUCCAGCCAUAAGCACAAUUUACAGAGGUCUGUUAAAUAAACCGAGUGUGACUACACGUUUAGUGUCACACCACACAGUGA